AUGAAGCUGAUGACUCAUAACUUCUUAACAUCAAAAUUUCUGAAAGGCGUAACGAAUGGUUACCCACUGCUGCUUGCUGCUACCAAGAAAGAGAUCAAACAAGUAGAGUUUAGCGAUACUUUCGUAAAACGAAUGAUACCAAAACUGGACUACCCGGUAUUAAGACAGGCGGCUGAGAGCAUUGACGAAGCAGAGGGGCUUCCAGUAGAAAUCGCAAAUGGCUGGGAACAUGAUGAAUCACUUCUUAAGAGGCUACAUCAUGUCUUGCUAUCAGUCGAAGUAAUCGAAGGCGAACUCAAAUGUCCCGAAACUGGACGCAUUUUCCCGAUUCGUGAGGGUAUUCCGAAUAUGCUCGUGAAUGAGGAUGAAGUGGAUUGA